AUUACCUAUUUUAACGGACGUGGACGUGCUGAAUCGAUUCGAAUGACUCUUGUAGUAGCUGAAUUAGACUACGAGGACGAAAGAAUCAGUUUCCGUGAUUGGCCGAAUAUCAAACCGACUAUUCCUGGAGGAAGAUUGCCUGUAGUGACGAUCACUGAGAAUGAUGGGCAAGUAAAAUGUAUGCAAGAGAGUUUGGCUGUUGCGCGCUAUCUAGCAAUAAGGAAUGAUAUGAUGGGUGAAACAGACGAUGAAUAUUAUAGUGUUGAGAAAUUGAUUGGUCAAGUGAGUUAAGACUUAUACUGACCCGUAAAAUUUUGUUCAGUUGGACAAUACUUUGAGUUCAGUAUAGUGGGUUUAAUAAAUUGUUUGAAUUGAUAGGCGAGUGGUACUAGUGUCUUGUGAAUUAUAAAAAUUAUAAAUUUGUAGUAUCCUAAUUCUUCAGAAGAACUAGCUGGAACUGAGCAACGAUUUCAGAAAUUUAAUUUUCUACUCAUUGUAACAUUAAAGAUGUAUUACUAUUCAAUGG